AUUCUCUAACCCUAACCACAACACACACAACAACAACCAGAAAAAAGAAACAGAAAGUAACAUGAAGUUUCUCUUACUUGCCAUGUGCCUGGUUCUUGCUUUGCGCUGUGGUGAAGCAGCCGUGUCUUGCAGCACGACGGUUGCCGAGCUUUACCCUUGCGUCUCCUACGUGGUUCAGGGCGGUGCCGUCCCAGAAAGCUGCUGCAACGGUAUCAAAGCGCUCAACAGUCAGGCUCAAACCGCUGCGGACCGUCAAAGCGUCUGCCGUUGCAUCAAAUCUGCUAUUGGAGGAGUCUCUUACACUUCUAACAACCUCAACAAUGCUUUGUCUUUGCCUUCAAAAUGUGGACUCAGUCUCCCUUACAAGUUCAGCCCAUCCACCAACUGCGACAGUAUUAACUGAGACGAGCAGAAAAAUCGGAGAGGAAGCUACUAGUACGAGAGCUCUUAGAACCUAAUAAUAAAUGAGGACAUGGUUUGCUAGUUGCUAGUUUUAAUCAGUAAUGUAUCGUCAUUUCUCGAAUGUUUUUAAUAUAUUAUCAAUAUUCCUAUGAAUAUUCUACCAAAAAUUUAAAAUUC